AUGGAAUCAAGCAUCGAGUGCAUAUCAACCGUUGAUGGGGUGGACGAAGAUGAGAUCUGUAGCGUCCACCCAUUUUCUCUCUUUUCAUCCCCAAAGCCAUCCCACAACAACAACAGUAAUCCAGCCACGAGUGUUCAUGAGCUUCUUGAAUGCCCAGUUUGUACUAAUUCUAUGUACCCUCCCAUACAUCAGUGUCACAACGGGCAUACCCUAUGUUCCACCUGUAAAAUUAGGGUCCACAACCGGUGCCCGACUUGCAGACAAGAACUAGGUGACAUAAGAUGUUUGGCGUUAGAAAAAGUGGCUGAGUCGCUCGAGCUCCCCUGCAAAUACUGCUCCCUUGGAUGCCCUGAGAUCUUUCCUUAUUACAGUAAGUUGAAGCACGAGGCCCUUUGCAAUUUUAGGCCCUACAGUUGCCCUUAUGCUGGAUCUGAGUGCUCGGUUGUUGGUGACAUUCCGUAUCUCGUCACUCAUUUGAGAGAUGAUCAUAAAGUGGAUAUGCAUUCCGGGUGCACAUUCAAUCAUCGUUAUGUUAAAUCGAACCCUAGGGAUGUGGAGAAUGCUACGUGGAUGCUGACCGUUUUCCAUUGUUUCGGACAGUAUUUUUGUCUCCAUUUUGAGGCAUUCCAACUCGGGAUGGCCCCAGUUUACAUGGCCUUCCUCCGAUUCAUGGGGGAUGAAAUGGAGGCUCGUGACUACAGCUACAGCCUGGAGGUAGGGGGAAAUGGCAGGAAGCUCGUAUGGGAAGGAACCCCAAGGAGCAUUAGGGAUAGCCACAGGAAGGUUAGGGACAGCCAUGACGGGCUCAUCAUACAGCGCAAUAUGGCUCUCUUUUUCUCAGGUGGGGACAGGAAAGAGCUCAAGCUUCGUGUGACGGGCAGGAUUUGGAAGGAGCAGCAAGGCCCAGAUGGAGCUUGCGUGCCCAAUCUCUGUAGUUGA